GAGUCGGUGAGGCAACCUGUGGAAACAAAUAGCCAACGCAGCGUGUAGAUCCAUACGGAAGUUCCUCCCUCCCCCUUCUCCAUCAUCAAUCUCUGCCGCCGCCCUCUCCACCAACCAAAGCAGUUCGUUCGUCGAGCUAGCGCCAUGGCCGCCCGCAAGCGACCUGCUGCCGUCCUCGACGCCGACCACGGCCACGCGACGGCUCAACAUCAACAAUCGCCGACGUGCUGCAAGAGGAGCCGCGCCUCCAUCGGGAGCACCGACGACUACGAGAAGGUGGCCUGCCUAGGCGAGGGUGGCUUCGGCGUCGUCCACAGGAUGCGCCACCGCGUCACCAAAAAGGACGUGGCCGUCAAGUUCCUCUCCUCGCCGGACGACACCGAGGAGCCCCCCGACGUCCAAGAUCUUGAGCGGGAGGCACGAUUCCUCGAGGCCUGCAACGGAAACCCUUACGUCGUCGGCUUCGAGGGCAUGGUGUGCGACCCGGCCACCGGCGACACCGCCGGCCUCGUCAUGGAGUACGUCGCGGCGUCGAGCCUCCUGUCUUUAUUGUGGGACAGGCGCGGCGACCCGCCGCUCCCGGAAUCCACGGUGCGCGACUUCAUGCGGAAGCUCCUGACCGGCGCCGAAAAGAUGCACGAGCACGAGCGCCACAUCGUCCACCGUGACAUCAAGCCAGCCAAUAUCCUCGUCGGGAAGAACGGGGAGCUCCUCAAGAUUUGCGACCUCGGGCUGGCCAUGUCCAUGUGCGACUGGCCGCCGUACAACCAGGUCGGCACGGCGCCCUACAUGGCGCCGGAGAUGAUCCUGGGCAAGCAGGACUACGACGCGCUCGUGGACACGUGGUCCAUCGGCUGCGUCUUUGCCGAGCUGCUCACCGGCACGACGCUGUUCACGGUCGACCCCAAAGACGAGGAGGAAGACGAGACAAAGAAUGACGUAAAGCAGCUGUGGAGCAUCUUCCGGGUGCUCGGGGUGCCGGACGAGAGGACGUGGCCAGGCUUCACGUCGCUGCCGCUGGCUAAGAAGGCGCCGCAGCUGCUACAGGCGGGGCACAACAAGCACCGGCUGCGGGAUUUGUUCCCUGAAGAGAAGCUGUCCGACAAAGGAUUCCAGGUGUUGCAAGGGCUCCUCACGUGCAACCCCGACGAGCGACUGACGGCAGCCGCCGCGCUGAAGCACCCAUGGUUCGCAGCUCCUCGUUCCGCCGCCGACGCCGUUGAGAAGGUCGAUGCUCUGUCAUUUCCGAAAAGGAAGACACCAAGGAUCAAGUUCAUCCCGCCGGCCAUGCCCCAGAAGAAUCUACUCAAAAUCCCACUGGCCGUGUGGAACGCAGCGCAACGAGUGUAAUGAAACUCUCUACUAUAGAUGUGACUGUGCUUUGAUGAGCCAUCUGUGUAAAUGCUAGCAUAAACUCUCUUGAUGUGAUUGUGCUUGGAUGAGCCAUCAACAAUCAUGAGUCAUUAGUGCUGAUCCAUCAAGUAGAAGUUGAUCCUUGGCACAUGUUCAGAGAAUCAGAGAUGUGUUAGCCUGCUUUUCUGAAUUCUAUGUGUCAUUGUGCACAUGUUCAGAGAAUCAGAGAUGUGUAAUUGCGAGGUUGUGUUCAGAGAUUCAUUACAGUGCUGACAUAUGUUGUUUACAUGGUCAGUUGUUAUUGAGUUAUACUGCACAAUUUGUGUUGUUUUUCAGAAAUCAUGAGCUGAUGAUAAAAAUGUGCAGUUCAAAUCUAUAGAGUGAUGGAUGAAUUGAUAUUAAAAAUGUCUUGCUGGUGCAGAUUUCAUGAGAACUUAUAUAUUUAGCAAUGGUACUAGUACAGCAACUGGACAUACUUUCUUCAACCUAGUAUGGCACCUAGGGGAGAAUGAGUGCCUGGUAUGGCACCUGUCGGAUCUUCAACACAUGGAGCUGUGGAAGAUGUCCUGCAGGGGAGAAUGAACCAAAUUCAAGAGCUUAUUGGACCAUCGCA